AUGUUGCCUUUUCCAACUGGUUCUCUCCAUGCGUAUUUGCUUCUACUUCGAGAGUUGAAGCUAUUUAGCGCUCCCUUCCACGAAUCAUUGUCCUACUUGAAGCAUACCAACCCACACUUAUACUACCGUUUCCUUUCUUGCUUUCAGAAUACGACAAGUCUUUCCGACUUAAGAAUGCCCCUUGAGAAGCCUUUUUCCGUCUUCGUCCACUUACCCAGAGACAUUCCAAAUCUUGCUUGGUCUUUUCCGAAGAGAACACCUUCACACCUCUAUGCAGAUGGAGAGAAGAAAGAUGUGGAAUCAAAGGGAGAAAAUAUUGAGAAGAUGAAGGAAGGUGAGACAAGGCCGAUGACAAUUGCCAUGCUCUUCGAACCUCCUCCACCACCAAUCAAGACGGACAGUCUCCCCACCAUUUCUGUGACCCUAAUGAGAUCAAGGAGGAUAUGUGAUCUUCCUUGGUAUGACAAGGAAGUUAUGGGCUCCGAAGCUCAAUACAUCCCCUGUAAUGAAGAAGCCACAAGUGAGACAAUCUGCGAACGAAGAGGUGGAAUUCGCGUUGAAGAGAAAGAAGAGGAGGAGGAGGAGGAAGAGGGAUCAAGACGCAGAGACCUCCGAGGAACAUUUGAAAUCAAGAGGCUGAGUGAUGAAAAGCUGGAAUAUGGAAUGGAGCCUGAGAAGACGUGUUUGAGAGAGUCAACACUGCCUCACUUCACUCUCAAUUUUUCGUGUGAGUCAGAAGAAGAAGAGAAGGAGGAGGAGCUCACCACCAAUUCUCCACACCCUUCUACUGUCGAUACUGAAGGUAUGAGCUUACGCAGUGUGUCUAAUUCGUUAAGAAUUUGUUAUUGGCUAAAAGGAUUGUUUGGAAUAUCAUGUGAUUUGGUUUCGUAUUUUUCCUCUACCAGUUGCCGCCUCCAUCACAUCACCGUCAAACACACGUCGUCAAUGGUUCAAGGGUUUGCGGAGUCGUCUUCGGCGUAUUUUCCUGUGUUGCAAUGCAAUCGAAGAAGACUAGAUUCACCGAUUCUCUAUUUUAUUGACUUUUCUGAUUAUCCUACCAAUACAUAUCUACAAUGA